AAAAAGUGUCAGAUGUCACUGGAGGAGGUCGCUCAGUUGCAUUCUUGUGGUUUAUUUGCAUAUUUCUUCUAAGGUCUUUGUGUGAGUGGGACAAGUUUUUCAUCAUCCAGUGCAAGUGUUAGACUUGAUCACCUGCUUGCCAUCUUUUAGAUGAAAGUCGUGAGUUAAAAGACUUUUGAAAGUUUUUGUAUACAGUUUCAGUUCUGCACCCCACCCAAGCUUUCAAGGAUAAGUGCCACACUCAAAUAAAUAAAGGACCUGGUAUCUUAUCCAAAUAUCUCAUUUAUCAGUGGAACUAGGCUUGGAAUAUUGAACUACUCUACGGUUUAGUGCAUAUUGGCAUGCCAUAACAAUGGAUGAGGGAACGUUAAACGAUUUGCUCGAGUGUUCUGUGUGCUUUGAAAGACUGGAUACGUCCAGCAAAGUCCUACCAUGUCAGCACACAUUUUGCAGAAAAUGCUUGCAAGAGAUUUAUCAGAAGCACAAGGAAUUGAGGUGUCCAGAAUGCAGAGUAUUAGUAACCAUAAAGAUCGAAAAUCUGCCCCCCAAUGUCCUACUGAUGAGAAUUUUGGAGGGUAUGAAAAACUCGGGAGUGCUGGCCCCCCCUAAACGGUCCCAGCGACCAACCAAAGGCGCUUCACAACAUCAGCCAGGUGCAGUUUCGCAUUCUGCUCAUAUUCAGCAACAAAAUGUCGACAGAAGCAAUAAUAAGCAUAGCGCGAGCCAUGCUGUACCCCAUCAGCCUUAUGCCAAAGCUCUUUAUGAUUACGUCCCUAAAGAACCAGGAGAUUUGCAGUUUAAAAAAGGCGACAUUAUAAUACUAAAGAGGAAAAUUGAUUCUCAUUGGUAUCAGGGCGAAUGUGGUGGCAAACAAGGCGUUUUCCCCGUUACCUAUGUACAGAUUAUCACGCCAGUUCCCAGUCACAUACCGCAAUGCAAAGCUCUCUAUGAUUUCCGCAUGACCAAUGACGAAGAAGAGGGUUGUUUGGCCUUUAAUAAAGGCGAUGUAAUCAAUGUUAUCAGGCGUGUGGACGAGAACUGGGCAGAAGGCAAAUUAGAUGGAAGAAUCGGUAUUUUUCCAUUAUCCUUUGUGGAAAUGAACAGUCUGGCUAGGUCUUUGAUGAAAUUGUCCACCAAUGUACAACCAGGCCCGUCCAAAGUCGCACCACCUACUCCUACAACCGAGGAAAGUAUUCCUCUGAUACCAACUGAUCAUUCAACUUCUGUUACCUCAGUUGCUCAAAAUAUUUCUCACCAGGGUCCAAUAUCCGCCUCAGAUUCAAGCUCCAAUAAUAUAACUUCGAGUAGUUCCAGCACUACUCCGAACGUGUCUUCUAGCAAUACAUCAUCUAGUUCCAGUACAGCUCCAUCUUCCCCAGCCAGUCCGCCAGCACGAGUUGAGAGAUCAGCAGUGUCUCCAAGGAAUAAUAGUCGUAAACCUGAAAUUUCGAAAAAUGUGCCGCCAUUACUACCGCAACAGUCAUCAGUAGUUAAUUCUCCUCACACUCGUACCAUCGAAGGCAGGCUUACGCAUCAUCACCAUCAUCAUCAUGGCAAAGAAAAAAGACAUAGUCUUACCAAUAUGACUGUACCACAUCAUACUAGUGCUCAUAGGUAUUCAGCUGAAAUUGCAGAAUCCACAACUGGAAGUCAUGUAUCUUCCUCCGGGGCCUCAGAAAGGAGCAAAAGAACGGUACCCGCUGUUCCAGCUGCCGACCCUCAACUACCAGCCACGUUUAUGGCUUUAUAUCCUUACAAGCCUCAAAAAUCUGAUGAGUUGGAGCUUAAAAAGGGCAGCUUCUACCUGGUAACGGAAAUUUGUCAAGAUGGUUGGUACAAAGGAACAUCUAACCGCACCCAAAAAUGUGGAGUGUUUCCCGGAAACUACGUCACUGUACUUAGAGGCUCGGCCGGAGAAUUUUCUGCUGGUUUUCCUGAAGGCAGAAUGCCUGUAAGUUUUACGAAGGGCACUAAAGGGGCACGCAAUCGUCCAGCUGAUUCCGCACCUCCAGAAUUGCCCCCUAGAUCGUCCACUCCUCCAACCAAUGUUUGGCACGUUGACUCGCCUCGCACUAAUAACGCUACUAACUCGCAGCCUAAGAGUGAUAAGAAUAAAGAACGCAAGGAAAAGAGUACGGUGAGUUUGAUGCGUCGCCUAGCAAGCAUCAAAAGGUCUAAAUCUCCGCCGACGUCUUCUUAUUCGAUGGAUAAUCCAGUUUUUGAGGACGCGACGCUAUCAGCUGCCGGUUUGACUACUCCAGUUCAUCCUGUACAUGUUAGGUCAGGGUCCUGUCCGAGCCAGCUGUUGCAGGUGCAGCCUUCCGUCGAUUUUCACAGGUUCUUCGGUUCCGCCUCGCAUCGAGUUAAGCAUAAGGAGAGACCGUCCAUUUUGAAUCAUAGUACAAGGUCUACCGAAACGCCUCAAGGAGGCAGUUCGGGUUCCAGCCCUGAUGUUCAUCGACACCGGAAAUCCCACUCGUUGGAUGCCACUGGCUUGAAAACCUCGAGAACUGGAAGUACUCAAACUGUGAGGGAGCGAUUCAGGUGCAUCACUCCAUAUCCUCCUAAUAGCGACUACGAAUUGGAAUUACAGUUGAACGACAUUAUUUACGUGCAUAAGAAACGGGAGGAUGGCUGGUUUAAAGGUACGCAACAACGUACUGGUAAAACUGGUCUGUUUCCUGCCAGUUUUGUUGAAUCAUUUUGAGAUUUCACUGUACAUCGUUAAAGAUCUUGCCACCGUCUCAUACGAGAUGUAAAACUCGACUUAUAGUCUAGAUUCUCUAAAACUUUAAUAUUGAUGCAUUUAAAUGUCAGUAGUAAACUUAAACAGGGACCCAAAAAGCGGCCUUAAGAGAAGUGGCAAUACUUUGUUUGAACUUAAUUUAAGGUGGCAAUGCCUUUAUUGGUUAAGAUAAGUUAGAUUAGUUAGAAAAGGGAUUUGAAGGUAACUGACUGAUUUUAGGAUAGUCAGUUGUGAAAGGCUUUAAGCUUUAUUUAACAUAUUCUGUAUUAAUCGAGAUUUGAAAUCUUGUCCGUGGCUGAAAUGCUGUGUUACUUCAGUUUGAAUUUGCACACUAAUAAGCUCUGUUUUAAGUGAAAUCGAACAACAAACUCUUACACGUUGUUGAAAGGCUAAAUUCUGCAAUAGUUAGUAGUAGAGUUGAUCUCUAAAAUAUAAUACCGUACGGAGGAAUACUAUUUUUAUUUUGCCAUUCAACUGUUUAACGAUGCAGCGCUAAAUAUUGUGCCAUUACUUACACUGUUGCAAAUGUUCCGGUACUUAAUUCUAAUCGAUAUUGAUCCAUUUAAAGAAGUGUGGAUUUUGUCCCACAUGUGUACUUAGGUGGCUUAAUUAUUUAUAAUCAAUGAAGUUAGCAAGAAUGUCUUCACACUAAAGGUUUUAAAUUCUUCUGCAUAUCUACGAAGAAGUUGUGGUUAUUACAAGAAAUUUUCUAUAAAAUUUUCUAUUGAAAUUAAGUUGAUCAGAACUAGCGUACUGAACUCAGUUAAUGAAUAACUAACUUUAAAUCCAACUUAGUAUAGUUCAUAUAUUUUGCCUUUUACUUAAAAGUUAUAAUCGAUUUAUUGUUUGGGAAAUUUAUUAGGUUGGUUUGGUUUGGGAUACAUGCGAUGUGUUCAUUGUAAAUAACGUUCAAUAGCUUUAGGUCCAUUUAAAAGAUUCCUAUCGUUGUUACUUGUUAUCCGUAGCCAAAUAUAUUUAAAAAUGUAACUAAGUAGUGGUUAAGUUGAUUUUAGGUAAUCUUUUCGACCCUUUGAAUAUUGUCAUUUUUGAUCUUGUGCUGCGGUUUUAUAAACAAUACACACCAUAAAAGUUUAUGAAAAAUGUAUCCCAAUUAAAUGGAAAUAUAAAUUUGAUUAGUUUUCACAUUUUACGGAAUAAUUGCUGAUGUUUUUAUAUACAUAUCUAUAACCUACCAUGCACAUCAUGUGCAAUUCUCAAGGGUCGGUCGUUAAGAAACUAUUAAUUAGAAUUGAUGUUUUUGUUUAGUUAACUAUAUUUAUUGGUCUCUUAUUUAUUGAAUACCAUAGAUAAGUUUUUUAAGUACAUAUUUCUAGAAUCUUACAGAUAUUAGCUAAUACUUACCCGUAUGUUUGCCGGUUUAAUUUCUUUGUAUUUUUCAGUUUCACUUGAGGUUGUUUUUGAAUCCUAACAAUAUUGUUAAGUUGUAGCUUAACAUGUUCGGUAUUUAUUUCAUAACGUAUUUGAUUUGAUAACGUAAACUUAUAGUAUUUAAUCUGAAGGUAAGUUAGGAAAUAAAACUUUGUAUAUA